AACGUGUCGCCCGAACGCAAACACAUCCUAAGUGUCGGCUUCAAAAAUGGAUAAAAUAGCUAUUUUACACACUUUUAUGUGCUGUGCUAUGACUGUCGGUGUACGCAGUGAAAUGGUACAACUUAGAGUGAUAAAUGAGAUGCCAAACAACGGCUAUAGUAAUCUGAAUGGACUUGAUGCUAAAACAGAAGAAAAACUACAAGCGAGAAUGAAACCUGCAAAUGUAUCGGGACCAGACCACUUGUAUCACCUCGAUGGAAAAUGCUUCAAGUACAAGGAUUUGAAAUAUGAAUACAUGUUCUGCCCAUUUAACAACAUUACUCAGGAAGAUAUUCAAGCAUUUUAUGAACCAUAUAAAGGAGUAUUAGGGGUGUGGUUGGAUUGGGAAAUAAAGGACAACAAAUUUGCUGCCAUGAGAAUGGUUGAAGGAAGCUCCUGUGGUAUGCAUAACCACAGAACCACAAAGGUUGAAAUAGUGUGUGGAGUUAGAUCAGAAUUAGUUUCUGUUUCUGAACCUGAGAAAUGCAGGUACUUAGCAAAAUUUACGACUCCAGAAGUUUGUGGAGAAAAUGCUAUGGUGGUGUAUCCAAGGCUCCCAAGUGAACUGAGACAUCAGUGGGAUGUGCUAGAGACAGAUAGAAGUUAUGGAGACAUAACAGAAAAGGGUUACCAGAAAGAGCUUGACAGAAUUAUGAUGGCUGCAGGCUAUGUAGUUUCUCCAGAAGUGCAGUCAUCUCUCCUGGAAAAAGCUUCUGCAGAAAAGAAGAAAUCCUGUAAAGAUGAAUUAGAGGAAGCAAGACAGCGCAUCAGUGAACUUGAAGAAGAGUUGAGAAUGAAGGAAGAAAUUAUUGUAGAACUUGAGGGAAAAGUCAACUGAUAGGACUAGUUAGAUGAGAUGAAUAUUUAUUUGAAAAUAUGGAGAAAGCAUAUUUUUGGGGGUUGUGCCUUCAUUGUAAGAACAGAAACUGAUCAUAUUUCCUAUAUGAAGUAACAUGUUUGUGACUCAGCCAAAGGGCAUAAUAUAAAACAUAAAGCCUUUUUUGUAACAUUUCCAAAACUUUUAACAAUUUCAUACACUUUGACACAUGUUUGCCCUUUAUGCACACAUUAUUCGGACGUGUUGAAACAUCUUUUCAGUUUUUAUCAGUGUAUGCCUCUACCUUGAUACAGUUUGAUACAUUCCAGUCAGAGUGCAAUAUUUUUUUUAUAUAUUUCAUGUAGUUUCAGAUAGGCAAUUUCAUUUUCAUUAAUUACAAAUUGCAUCAGAAAUUUCUAGAUAAAACUUUUUAUUUUAAAGGUGCAUAAAAUGUUUUUAACAGGUACAUCAAAUUUGAAUAUAGGGUAAAAUUUGAAGUCAAUCAUGACGGUGUAACAUGGUAAAAAUUUUCUAGUCUAAAUCAUAUGACGUGGUAUUGACCUCAGUGGGAUGAAUGUCUUCAAAAUCAUUCUGUACUUGUAGGAUAUAAUCUUACAGGCUCGAAAAUAUCAAAGAAAAUUCUGAGUAUCUUGAUUUGUUGAUAUAAUUCAAUUAAUAACUCAAGUAAAUGUCUAUGAUCAGUUGAAUUAUCCAGUUGUCUGAUUGGACACGGAGCUCACUUGUGAUGGAUACGAUAAGAUGCAAAAUCUUAAGCAACUUCCACUUUUCAUAUGGAGAACAAUGUAUAUAAUAAGAAAAAAAUGGUUUCACUGAAUCUGAGAAAAAUAUUUAAAAGUUUCCACAGCCUUGCAUAGCAAAGACUGGUGUGUAUAAACAAUAUCAGUUGCAUAGUAGUCAGGUACUUUUCCCAUUUUAUUUGAAGCUUCCAAAAUGUUGUGCUUGUAAUCCAAAAUCAUACCAGCAUAAUAAGUACUUUAAUGGUUUUCUAUUGUUUUUUUCAAAACUUUGUAUGUUAGUAUAAAAUUUGAUGAUAUCAUGUUUAAGGUGAUCAUGGUACAACUGGAAACAGUGUAUCAAAGUGUUAGGGGUUUUGGGAUUUUACAAAAAAGGCCAAUAGUAACAUCUUUCAAGGUUUUUUUUAUGGUUGUAGUGAUUGAAACUUACAUUACAUUCCUCUUUAUUUAUGGAAUUAUUUUAUAAAUUUUAUAGGGGUGAUAUUAUUGUGAAGAAAAGUUUUUAUGAGCAUGAUUAAAUGGAAAGAGUCCAUAAUAGUGAAGUGCACUUAUCUCCAUGAAUUAAUUGCUCUUUUUUAAUGAUAGGGAUAAUGACAUGUUUGUAUUAUUUAGUUGUGCGUUGUGAGAGUAUGGUUUUAUUUUUUGAGGAAUAACAGUUUUCAGUUAAUUGUUAAAAUUCUAGUCAUUUGUUAAUGAAGAAGGAUCGCUUCA